AUGGUUUUUCUUAAUAGCGCCAAUAAUCUUGGCGAGUACGUGCUAAAGAUACUCAACGCGUACUACACGGAAAGCAUGCUCACGUGCGGGAUAGUUAGAAGAGACUUUUGCGACGACAGCGCAAUGCUUGCAUCGCAGUCUAUGGUGUUUUUUGGGUUUUCUUUGGCGUGUCUCAUGACCGGAGUAAGAAGAAAGAAUUUCAGAAUAAAAAGACACGGCGACGAGUCUGCAAAAGCGAAGGGAGGCAGGGCAGUAAAGAAGACAAAGCUCACAGAAAGAAACGUGGAGGAAGACAAAAAGAAAGAUUUAGACCUAAAAGAGCGCCUGGAAAAGAUAAGACUAAUAAUUCUUUUGAUUCUUCUCGCGGGAGUGAACAUUUUCAACAAGCUCAUGCUCUACAAAGGCCUGCAGUACAUCUCCUUCCCAACGAUGGCCAUUGUGCGGUCUUUCAGGCUGUUCCCCACUCCCCUGGGCAUUGUGGGGCACGAUCUUACCAGCCGCUCCACGCUCUCUGUUUUAAUUGCCGCAAUGGGAAUAUUCACGUACAUCUUUUCAAAAGAGGAAAAAGUAGAGAACAUUCACUUUUUGGCAAAAGUUGCCGAGUCAAACGACUUCAGAAUCCUCCACAACAGCGACAAGAUAAAAAUCAUCCGGCUGGGCCUUCGAUUUCUCUACAACUAUGUUGGGAAAGAUCUGCGCUCCUUCAAGCCCAUGCAGGAGGAAGAGCUUUUUCUUCAAAGCAUUCUGAACAACAGGCUGCCCGCCCAAAACUACUCCCUUUCUCUUAAAGAGCAGGGAGCCAGAUACUACAAGAACUUGCUUCUCUUCCACGCAAACUGCCCGGUAGACCCAAAUAGGAAAGAAGCUGAAGAGAUUUUUGAAAAAAUCAUAAAGAGCAAGGGAAGCGCCACCCCAGAAAUGAACAACCUUGCCUUUUCGCUUAUAAAAAUGAUAUGCACGCAGGAAAACACCAUAUACUUCCAGGCGUUCUUGGAAAAGAGAAAGAUCAGCGCAGCCGUGUUUCUGUGCGUGCACUCCUGGAUGGAGGUUGCCCUGGAAGGUGGGCAGGUUUUUCUCUGCAAAAAGUUUGGAAUCCAGUACGAGUUCGUUAUCACUGCGGUAAACCUUCUCUCGGCAACAAUUCUGUCUGGCAUUCUGUUCAACACCUCCCGCGGAAUCGGCGUUAUUUUAAAAAAUUUCAGAAAAGAUAUGUUUAUCUCGUCCUUCACUUCUGCGUACAUCAGACUCUUUCUCACAAAAACAGCCAUUGAAAAGAUGGAUGACAGCCGGAUGGGCCUGCAGAUAGGGAUGAAGUUCUUUUCCCUGUUCAUCUCUGUUAUUUUCUACAACCACGACUUCAACCUCGGACAUGUCCUGGGAACAUUCCUCAUGUUUGUAGGGUGUCUUGUCAAUCUAAAUCUGCACAACAUUCUCCUAUCAAGAUGGACUCUUUCAGGGCAUCUUCGAAGAAAAUACCUGUGA